AUGGUCCAUCUCGCACCGGAGCAACAUGUCCGUGCAAUCCUCCUCGCCCUCCUCGACGACCCCUCCGUCAAAGCCCGCGCCCUAAACCAUUACCGUCGCCUCAAAGCCGCAGACAAUCCAGUCACCGGCCUCAAGCGCAAAGCCAUGAACGACUUGUUUGUCUGUGUUCAGUGUGACCAGGCGUUUACCCACCAAGAUAACACUGAGACGUCGUGUCGUUACCAUCCAGGUGGACGCAAAGGCUGUACCAAGGGAAAGCAUCAAGCUGACCCGGCAAAGUCAAGGAGAGGUGGAAAUGUCCCGUCUGGUGGUGACCUGAGGAAGAACAAUGGUUCGCAUUACCCAGUUUCAGACGAGGACACUGAAGAGGAGGAAGAAGGCGACGAGGAGUACUGA